UAAGCACUUACUUUUCUUCCUUCAUAAAAGCAGCUUGUGCUGAUGGAUGCCAUUUUAUUGGAAGAGGAAGAGGAAGUUGCCAAAACCCCCACAACAUUGGUAUCAUUUAAAAGUUCUGAAUUUCCUCUUUAAAGAACAAAAGAAGGGAGCUCAGUAGUAUGUUUGGUGUGGGAGAUAUUUAAGUCUAAAUAUGUACUCUAGAGGACAAAAUUGAACUGCUGGUAGUCAGGAAGAUAUAAAAAUAGACAUGAUAACAUGACAGAGGAUAGAUCUUUAAUAUGGCUGGAAAUAAGAUGAUGCUUAUCUACCUUAAAUGUGGAAGACUUGAAAGGGUAUGAUAACCUUCCAUAUGCACAGUUUAUUAUCAUAAAGUAUCUACAACAUGUUAUGAUAAACCGGUUUAAGUAAUACUUCAAAGGAAUUGUUUAUUACUGCAUUAUCGAAUAGGUCUACUGUAGGUUUUGAUGAGUUUAAAUGACUACAUCGUAUUCAUAAACAACAUUAAAGAGAGUUCAGAAAAUCAACCGCAUUACUGGGUGAGUAAUUGGGUAGUCAGAUGUACAAGGAUCCUCCGUUAACUGUACAUUUUUCCUUGAACGUUCAACCUUUUUUUACCACUACAUUCACUGUGAAAGAAACUUCGGUUAUCCAACGUUUAAUCCAGAUCUUUAGAACGAUUCAGAGCUUCAGAAAGCAGGGCUUUGCAUCGCCUGUUUCCCAUCUUGCGGAUGUAAGCAUCCUCGAGUAGGAGGGGUUUCGCCGAGGAGAGACCUGUGAUUCCUCCAAUUAAAGCGCUCAGUAGGCGAGAGGAGGAUGCCGGCGGUGAUGUGCGGAGGUUCACGUCUGCGCUUCGCCGCACAAGCAGGCUACACAAAGAAGGCCUCGCAAUUGCGCACAAACAUAAACCUGUAAUCUGUCUCUGAAGCGGAGCAUCAUACGAGCAAAUGCGCUUUUUAGUGAACGAUAUUAGGCGCAAACGUUUUCAGAAAAAUCGCGUCUUUUGCUGGAGUUUUAUCUGCGUUAUCGGACUCUAGCAAUUCGUUUGGUUGCAGUCGUACUGCGCUUUCGCCAUGGGAAUCACCUGGGCUUUGAGAUAGAUAGCUAAACAAGAAGACCAAGCACGGGUGCUAAAGCUUAAAAUCAUGGUGCAGAAAACAGCUGCUCACAGGAGUCGGAAAACGGCCGACAGGAGACGUCAGAAGAUUAGUCUACUGACCAAAUACGGUCUAACAAUGUGACUACAAGACAAGAAGCAGAAGGUGUCAGUCUGGAAAUAUUUGCCAGUCACCCAAGCUGUUCAGUGACUGGAGGUCAUCAUGAAGGCUGUGAAUUCCAGGUCUACUUUCUAUCUGGGCUUCCUGGUGGGCUCGUGUACUCUCUACUUCUUCCUGAAGCUGACGAGGUUCGAGCAAAGCUUCAGCCAGUGGCGUGGAGGCCAGCAUGAUGUGCGUACAACUCCCACAGAGCAGACCCAGAACAACAAGAACAACCACCUCAACUGGAAUAAGGAAGGUGAGGACAGCCAGUUGGCAGAUGAGCUCUAUAAAAAGGUUCGGAUCCUGUGCUGGGUCAUGACGGGACCCAGCAACCUGCAGUCGAAGGCCCGCCACGUUAGGGCGACGUGGAGCCGCCACUGCAACACUGUGCUGUUCAUGAGCUCCGAGGAAGACCGUGGCUUCCCCACUGUGGGCCUUGGCACAGGCGAGGGGCGUGAACAGCUGUACCGCAAGACCAUUCGUGCCUUUCACUACGCCCUGAAGAACCAUGGCGAGGAUGCCGACUGGUUCCUCAAGGCCGACGACGACACGUUUGUGGUGGUGGACAACCUGCGGUGGCUGCUGGCCAACCACUCUGCCGGAGAGCCCAUCUACUAUGGCAAGCGCUUCAAGCCGUACGCCAAGCAGGGUUACAUGAGCGGAGGCGCGGGCUACGUGCUCAGCAAGGAGGCAUUGCGUAGGUUCGUGGAGGGCUUCAGAACCAAGGUGUGCACCCACACCACCUCGGUGGAGGACCUGGCCAUGGGCCAGUGCUUGGAGAAGAUGGGCGUGCUGGCGGGAGACUCCAGAGACACGCUGCACCGUGAAACCUUUCACCCAUUCGUCCCCGAGCACCAUCUUACUGGAAGGUUCUCCAAGACCUUUUGGUACUGGAACUACUGCUAUUAUCCUAUCACUGAGGGCCCACAGUGCUGUUCCGAUCUAGCCGUGUCUUUCCAUUAUGUGGACCCCGAGCUCAUGUACGUUCUGGAGUACUACGCCUACCACCUGCGGCCCUACGGUUACCGGCACCGUUACCAGCCCCCGCGCCCGCCAGCCCUCGGCAUGGCUGCCCCGACCGAGAAGCCGCUGCUGGCUACCGCGAAAGUGACUCGGGCGGCGGCAGGAGCAGAAAAGCCAGGCGGAGCCGGCAGCACGCAGGCGAGCGAGGCCAGGUCUGAUGCGCGGGCCAGGACGGAGACGUCCCCUCCCUCGGAGCCCAGCAGUACCACUCUUGGACAGGAAAGCCAAGGACAGCCUGCCAGAGACUAGUGCGAUUUCUAUUUUAUGUAGAAGAAAACGAAAUGCUUGCAUGGACAAAGGAUAGGUACUGAAAUUGGCAGAACGUCUGAGACUGAGUUUGUUACGUGUUGUCUGCGGUUCAUGCCACCUCAUGGGCUCUGCAUGUCACUCUACUCCGCAUCGCUUGCUGAGGGAGCAGCGCUAGUCCUGAGGCUGAGUGUGCUGCGUUACCGUACACUGUAACAUAAGAUUUACAGCAAAUGCCUGGAAUUUUCUGUAGAUAUGAUGAUACGAUGGAAACAAGCUAAAUAUUUUCUAAGUAAAAAGAAAAUUCCACGUCAACAGUGUUUUAAUAAAACUGAAAUUAGGUUUUCAUUUUCCUUUUUUCCUAAAAUUUCACUUUGUUCUCUGGACAACGUAAACAAGCCCUCUCUUUCACUCUUUGUUUCGGUGCUCAUAUGUACAGUGGAAAUGUACGUUAUUUUAAUUUAUGUAUUUUUCACACUAACCAAGCCCUCUGUACUGAACUUGUGGCUGAGAGUUGAUACACUCUGUGUUUUCAUGUUGGUUGCUUGCUUGCUUGUUUGUGUGCAUGUAAUUUUUGUUUGUGCAUAUGACUGGUGCAACAAUAUUAGUCAUCACAUUAAUCACCAAAGAUUUAUACUUGGGUUUAUAGAGGGCUGAUCAAAGAUUAACAGAUAUUUCAGUGUUGCUGUGUGGUGGGAAUAAUUGCCAUUGAUAACAGAGGUUUUGCACUUUUUCCCUAUUCAAAUGAUAAAAUGUCUUUUCUGUGACGUUGAUGAUUUAUUAUAAUUGGCAGUACAGAAAUUAGAAUGUCAGUGUUCAUUUUGCAAUACAGUACUGCCUCAAACUUAGUAAUUCUACAUAUUCAUGUAAUUGAAAGGAACAGUAAGUAAUGCUUUUUCUGUCUUUCGUUGAUUUGGUGUGCUGUUUGUCCUGACUUGGUCCUGGCGGCAGGCUGUGCUUCCACUGCACAGCCUCAGCCACACCUGCUGUCAGGUAAAGGUGGAUUCUGUUCUAUUUACACACACCAGACAGCUGUACUGAAUGGAGAUAAGUGACAUCUUAAUAGUGUUCUUUGUAAAUUCAGUGUAUGGAACUGGCGCUGUGCUUUAAAAUGAAGGAAAAGGAACAUUGUCAGUAGCUGCUUACACAUAAUUUUGUUCA